AGUUUCUCAAGGCGACACCCUGGCGAGCGGGAACGCGCCGCCGCUGUAAUUAACGCACCGAGUCGAACCGCAACCAGAGCCCCCGGUAUUCGUGUUAAAACCAUGCUGGAAGCUUCGCGGACAUCGAUAAACCUCACGUCUCGGUCAGACAGUCGAGGGGAGUCACACGAGACGCAACCAGUGUCUCCUUCAGCCACAGGAAGGACGAAAAGGGGAAAUCGAAUACAAAACAAGAAAGCGUCCACCUCCGUCCCUCCGCCGUGCAGGGGACGGAGACACGAGGAAAAGACCCGGGACGAAGACGCCGCGAUCCUCAGGGGUAUCUUUAAAGUAGGGAAACAGAGCCACGACGUUGUUCUCACGACGACGCGUUUAACAUGGACGCUCGUGCAGCCCGAGACCCCUGCAGGCGGACCCGUGUCAGAGACGCAAGGGGACUACGUGGACAUGAAGGACGUGUUUGCGGUGAAGGUGAAGCGCCGUCAUUCGGCUGGCCGGCAGGGCGGCGGUACGCUCCUGGGCAUCGUGCUGUUCGUGUGCAGGCGCAAAGGUGCCAAGCUGAAAGACCACGCCGUCCACCUGCACAACCUGAGCGAGGACCACUGUGAGGUCUGGUUCAAACAGCUCAAAGAGGUCCUUAAUGGUUUUCAGAAUCGGCCCAAGUCGCUUAAGGUGUUUGUGAACCCAGCCAGCCAUAAGAGGGAAGCUUACAAAAUCUACCUGGAUCAUGUGACUCCUCUGUUCAAGCUCGCCGACAUACAGACUGAUGUCACCAUCACAGAGGGACGAGGUCACGCGCUGUCCAUCCUGACGGAACGCAGCCUGGACGACUACGACGGGGUGGUGUGUGUAGGAGGAGAUGGCUCAGUGGCUGAGGUAGCCCACGGCCUGCUGCUUCGGGCCCAGAUGGACGCUGGGAGGGACACAGACUCCAUCUUCAUGCCUGUCCAAGCAUCACUUCCUCUGGGUGUAAUCCCAGCAGGUUCCACAGACGUUGUGGCCUGCUCUGUCCAUGGUCUCCGUCAUCCUGUAACCGCAGCUCUGCACAUCAUCCUGGGGCACAGGCAGGCCGUGGACGUGUGCAGCAUCAGCUGUGAGGGCAGGCAGCUGCGCUUCGCUUUCUCCGCCAUGUUUGGGUUUGGCGGGCGCACGCUGGCGCUGGCCGGCACACACCGCUGGAUGCCGCCCAGCCAGCGCCGUGACUUUGCGCUCCUUAAAACACUGGCCAGCCUCAAACCUGAAGCGUGUGAGUUCUCCUUUGUACCCAGCAGCGGAAGAUCUGCGGCUCAGAGCGACGCUGAAGAGGAGGCUGAUCUAAGUGAAGGUGGAGAGGAUAGUCAGUGGCAGACCCGGCGAGGUCUCUACCUCAGUGUUAGUGUCAUGUCUAUCCCAUGUCUGUGCUCGGUGGCCCCGAGAGGCCUGGCUCCCUUCACCAGACUUAACAACAACAGCAUGGCGCUCAUAGCCACAGCAAACACUUCCAGGUCAGAGUUCAUCAAGCACCUGAAAAGAUACGGCAGCCCCAGUAAUCAGUUCAAUUUCUCCUUUGUGGAGACACAUGCGGUGCGUGCUGUGAGGUUACGCCCGUGCUUGUGGAGUGGUUGUCCUGACGACACUUCAGAGAGUGAGGGCAGUGACAUCAGAAGUGCCCCCGUCAUCUCUGCUGAGGGAACUCACCCCUGGAACAUCGACGGGGAGCUUCUGGACGUGCCAGGGGAAGUACUCAUUAGAGUCCAUCCUGGGUUGCUCAUGCUGUUUGGAGCUGAUAUGGAGGAGGCUGAGGAACCACUACUCAAAUGCAGCUGUAUUUAAACACACACACACACACACACACACACACACACACACACACACACACACACACAGAGCUAUUGUACUAUGUAGCAUCUUUUAGCCAGUGAAUGUUCAGACAAAGUGGAAUAGACUAACGAACAAAGAGAAAAUGUUCAUUUAUGUCAAAGCAGAGAAGGCAGGACACAAUCAUGACAUUCCAGUGCAUACUUAAAUUACACAACAGUACACGUGGAGACAAAAACCAUCAAGGUCUUGUAAAACUUUUAAGGGAAAAGAAAAACCCAGUAGAAUCAUUAAUUUAUUCAAAAUAAAAGAUUUGAAUAAAAUAAUGGAAUGUGCAUUUAAUGUGUCAGUCCCUGAACAGCAACACAGUCAUUUUUUAAUAAAAUGUUUUGUUUUUUUUAAAUAUAAAUACAUAAUUUCAGAUUCCUAUAUCUCAUCACUUUUAUUCAAGCAGACAGUUUAACACCCAGUGGAAGAGUCCUGAUGUGGCUGUGGGUCUGAGCUGCAGUGAGAGCAGGGCCUCUCCGCCCCGGGCCCCUCCGCCCUGGUCUGCUCAUGGAGGGGGGGAGGUGCUCCGAGUGCCAGCCUCCCACCCUUCUAUCUGCCCAGGAAGUCUCCAGUACUCAGACCCACUCACAGAUUGCGACUCUGACAGUCCAACUCAUGGGUAAAGUGUGACGCAGCAGUGUGUGACAUGCCCUCCAUUUCACUUUUACACACAUGCACGCAGACACACACACACACACACACGCAUGCAGAAACACACAGGCACACAAACACAGACAC